AAAACUGUUUAAAAAUAAAACAAAAACGCCAAACGGCAAAAGCUUCAACAAAAACUUUUGUCAUCAAAGAUAUGAAGAGAGGAAUAUAACAUAACUGCAUAACUGUAAACAAGAACAACUAUAACAACUCCUACUGGAACAAGAAACAUUCAGCAACGCUAUACAAAAGUGUCGCAGCUGUAGGUGUAGCUGAGUGUUCGCUUGUAGCAUGCUAGCUGCAGUUAUGGCAUCCGAUAUCAAUUGGGAUCCAGCGCUUUCAAGAUUGAUAACCACACUGAAGGAAUCGGAUAAUUUGUCCAAUGAUCAGGAGAUUGAUUUUCUCAAAGCGUUGCUGGAGUCCAAGGAGCUAAAUGCCUUGGUCAAUGUGCACACAAAGGUGGCCAAGGUGGGCCGAGACGAAAGACUAGCACCUGUCUUAUCCACCUCGUCGCAGGUGCUGUACGAGGUACUCGAACAGCUGUCGCAGCACUGUCAUCUAAGCGACGAUUGUAAGGAGGCAUUCCAUCUGCUGCAGGAUUCGCACGUGCAGCACCUGCUCUUUGCACACGAUGCGAUUGCACAAAAGGAUUUCUAUCCGCAUCUGCCGGAGGUGCCCAUCGAAAUGGACGAGGACGAGGAGACCAUCAAAAUUGUUCAGCUUGUCAAAAGCAAUGAGCCUCUGACAGGAGCACAAAGUGCGGAGCCAAUUGUUGGCGCAACCAUAAAAACGGAUGAGGAAACGGGCAAAAUAAUUAUAGCUAGAAUUAUGCACGGCGGCGCGGCAGAUCGAUCUGGCUUAAUACACGUGGGUGAUGAGGUCAUCGAGGUCAACAGCAUCAAUGUGGAGGGCAAGACGCCAGGCGAUGUGCUCACCAUAUUGCAAAAUUCGGAGGGCACCAUUACCUUUAAGCUGGUGCCAGCGGAUACGAAAGGUGCGCAGCGUGAGUCUAAGGUGCGUGUGCGCGCCCAUUUCGAUUAUAAUCCAGAUGUGGAUCCUUAUAUACCCUGCAAGGAGGCUGGCCUGGCAUUUCAGCGUGGCGAUGUCCUGCACAUUGUCGCACAGGACGAUGCGUAUUGGUGGCAAGCGCGCAAGGAUCAUGAGCGUUCAGCACGCGCUGGCCUCAUACCAAGUCGAGCUCUACAGGAACGUCGCAUCCUGCACGAGCGAACGCAACGCGAAUCCAAUGACCUGGACUCGAAGCCCGGCUCAUGCGCCUCGCUGUGCACCACGCCGCCCGGUUCACCGCGUCUGCAGACGAGCAGCAGCAGCUCCUCCUGUCGCCAGCCCAAGACUAAAAAGAUAAUGUACGAUUUGACAGAGAAUGACGAUUUCGAUCGGGAAUUGAUUGCCACCUAUGAAGAGGUGGCCAAGCUAUAUCCACGACCAGGCGUCUAUCGGCCUGUUGUACUAAUCGGAGCACCUGGGGUGGGACGCAAUGAGCUGCGCAGAAGAUUGAUAGCGCGUGAUCCCGAAAAGUUUCGCAGUCCAGUGCCAUAUACCACUCGACCUAUGCGCACAGGUGAGGUGCCUGGACGUGAAUACAUUUUUGUGGCACGCGAUAAAAUGGACGCUGACAUUGAGGCGGGCAAAUUUGUGGAGCAUGGCGAGUACAAGGGUCACCUCUAUGGCACCUCAGCCGAGAGUGUCAAGUCGAUUGUGAAUGCGGGUUGUGUCUGUGUGCUGAGUCCACAUUAUCAGGCGAUCAAGACGUUGCGCACCGCCCAACUGAAACCAUUUCUCAUACACAUCAAGCCACCGGAGCUCAGUGUAUUGAAGGCAACGCGCACGGAGGCGCGGGCUAAAUCCACGUUUGAUGAGGCCAACGCGCGUAGCUUUACGGAUGAGGAAUUCGAAGAUAUGGUCAAAUCGGCGGAACGCAUCGACUUUAUCUAUGGUCACUUUUUCGAUGUGGACAUUGUUAACGGGGAGUUGGUGAAUGCGUUUGAGCAGCUUGUCCAACACGUACAGAGGCUGGAGAAUGAACCACUCUGGGCGCCAUCCAUGUGGGUGCAGUAGGCGUAGCCACGCCACCCAUCCACCCAGUCCUAGAAACAAACACCAAAGUAUUUGCCAUACGAAUUUAGCCCAACUAAAUUAAAACAAACAAAACAAAAAACUGCUAAGCUAAAUGAAAAGUUAGUUGCCAAUGUUGCACGGCAUUUAGUUAGAAAGAGAGAGCGAGAGCGAGAGCAAGAGAAAGAGAGAUAUAUAUACUAUAUACGUAGAUAUAUAGAGAGAUAUACUAUUUACCCUUAGACGCUACUCUUCAGCGUCCUUUCCUUUUCACAACAUGUACCUUUUUUUGCGUAAAAGUGAAAACAAUGAAAAGAAUACAAUAAAAGCAAAAUGAAAAUUAUAAAGAAGAAA